AUGGCCGAGCCGGGGGAGCCGGGGCGCGCGUGGCGGGUGCUGGCGCUGUGCGGGGCCGCCGUCUUCCUGGCGGCGGUGGCGGCCGCCGCGGCGCUGCUGGCCUGGAACGUGGCUGCCCGGGGCCGUCGCUGCCCGGAACCGGGGGCCAACGCGACGGCGCCGCCCGCGGACGCGGCGCCCGAGGUCGAAGACCUGCGGCGGCGGCUGGCGGAGGCUGAGCGGCGCGAGCUGGAGCUGGCCGGACAGCUGCACCGGGCCGAGGGCGUCCGUCGGGGGCUGGAGGAGGCGCUGCAGGGCUGCGAGGGCCGCCAGAACCGGCUUGAGACCCAGCUGACAACACUGAAGAUUGAGAGAGAGGAGGCCAAGGAGCAGGAGACUCAGAUGGGGGCCGAGAACGGGGCGCUGGCAGAGGCCCUGGCCCGCUGGGAGGCUGCGGCCACGGAGUCUGCCCGGCAGCUGGACGAGGCGCAGCGGCGCGCACGCGCAGCCGAGGCCGAGGGCGGAGCCUGCGCGGCCCGGGCGGCGGCGCUGCUCCAGCGGGUCCACGCCCUGGAAGCCCGGGUGGGCCACCAGCGUAGAGCGUCGCGCCCCCGGCCCCGCAAGGGAUCGCGCCACCGGCCCAGCGCCCGCUCGCGCCUCCAGCCCGGAUCCUCGGGGAGCUGCCGGCGGCCGGUGCGCCGCGCACGAGGGUGACUCGGCCCCAGUGCCCCCUCAACGCUCAGCCUUAGACCCAGGGGCCACCCUGAAAGGACACUGUACAGGAAAGGGGCUCGUAUCCUCUCUAGGACCAAAUAGAGCUUAUUUUACAGAUGGGGAAACUGAGGCUCAUGAUGUCACACACUGAAAUGGUACUGAGCUUGGACUUGAAGUUCCCUCUGACUUCAGUGCCUCCCCCGUCCCACAGUCGUGAGGACUUAGAGUCCAGCCCUGGCUCAGAAGUGACCUCGGAGGGUCACUUCCCUUCUCUGGGCCUCAGUUUACCCUGUCUGUAAAAUGGGUGAUUAGAAUCCUGUUUAGGGAGUUGAUGUAUCCUUGAUACGCAAAGUUGGCAAAGAUGGCACAUCAGGAAAUCUACAGACCCCUCUCCCUGUGAGAAGGAUAAGAAGUUCCCCAAUGGAGUUUUAGCAAAGGGAAUUCAGUAGCAGGUUUUAAAACUCUGCCACAGGUGCCGGAGAGGCAGGGGAGUGGUGUGACUUUAUAUAUGGAAAACCCAAGGAACUGACUACAACUUUCCUGAAUGUAAACAACUAACUAGAAAAUACUUAAGAAGGAAAGAAAGAUCCCCCAUUUAGGAUAGUUUUUUUUUUUUUUUUUUAAAUACCUGGAAAUAAAUUAAUUCCAUUAUUAUGUAAGGAGCUCUUAUGAAUUAACUAAAAGGAAAAACUCAGUAGAAAAAUGGGCAAAGAACUCGAACUUUCUUUCAGGUCACAGAAAUAUAAAAAAUGGAUGCUCAACCUCACUCAUAGAAAAGAAACGCAAGUUGAAGCUGCAAGCCAUCAAUUUGGCCAAGAUUAAAACAAAAUUAAAAACAAAACAAAACAAAACUGUUUGCUAAUAUACAUUGCUGUGGCUACAGCCCCUUGUUGGUACAGCCGCACAGAAGGGCAAUUUUCUAGAAUCUAUGAAAAUUUAAGAUGCAUUUACUCUUGACUCAUCAGUUCCCUCCUAGGAAUUUUUUUGCAACCAUAUUUACAUGUGUGAAAAAUGAACUAAAUGCAUUGCAGAAUCUUAGAUUGGAUCGUAGAACAGAAAAAACACUUAGUGGUAAAACUGGGGAACUGAAAGAUAGUCUGGAGUUUAUGGUUCAUUUCUUAGUUCUGAUGCUGCACCACGGUUAUAUCAGAUUUUAAUGAUGGGAAAAACUUUCAGGAUUCUCUGUACUAUCUUGCAAUUUUUCUAUAAAUCUAAAAUUAUGCCUAAAUACAAAGUUUAUUUUUAAAAAGGAGGCAAAAAGCAAAAAAAAUGAAUGGGGAGAUUUAUUGUCCCAUUCUUGGUGAUUGCAAAAAAUUGGAAACAACCUAAAUAUCCGUCAAUUGGGGAUUGUUUAAAGAAGUGACUACCUGCCCACUCGUGCAGUGGAAGACUAUACAGCUGUUAAAAAGACUGCAGCGAAUCGACUCCAAGAUAUGUUAAUGUGUAAAGCAGGGAGGGCAAUUAUUUGUGUACGUUUUUAAAAAAAUGGAUGAGGGUGUGUCUUGUAUCCAAAUACAAGACACUGGUCACAGAGGUGGGAGCGAACUAGGGAGCUGGGAGUGGCGGGAAUGGCAGUGUCCCUUUUCUCUGCACACCCUUUUUUGUACAGUUUGCAUUUUUAAAAUCAUGCAUGUGCA